AGCAGGCAGAACGCGUGUAGACGUUAAGCAGCCGCGAUCAGCAUCAAUCCGUGUAAAUGCGAAAUAGCGUUAUCAGAAAAGGUCGCGCAAAUACAAAAAAUAUGUGAAACAAUUCUUCUAAACAGUACAGAAUAAGUGUUGUUUGAAAUGCAUCAAACGUGAGAUUCGUGCCAAGAAAGGUACCAACUAGCGCACAAUGUUGGUGACGGCAGUUGUUGUGAUGCUGUGGUGCGUAACAAGCUCUAUAUCAGCACAACAAGUGCACAUGUAUGGAAGUGUUUUUAAGUCGGCCAGUGAGAUUAAUCUGCUAUCAAAUGUCACAUCAUACACGGUUGGCUGCAAGCUUGAAACCACGAGGAGUGGCGUCGACAGCCGGUUUCUCGGACUAUAUCUUAAUAGUGCGAAAGUUGAAUCUCAGAUUGUAAACGAAACUACUAUACAAUUAGAAGUGGAUCUACCGCUCAAUGAUGAAUCGUCGGUAUGCGGCGUGAAAACCUACACUUGCAGCCUGAAUCAAACCACCGUGGUUCAUAGUGCAACCGUCUAUGUGGGCAAACCUCCACGACCGAUAGAUCCUGCCGAUUUUCGGUGCAUAUCGGAAAAUCGUGAAUAUCUGGUUUGUGAUUUUCCGCAAAAUGAUUACUGCAGUCUCAAUACACUGUACAAACUGGCACUGGUUAGACAUCACAUAUCCAGCGACUGUGCCCUGGAGAAGGUAGAUCCGAGCGAACGGAUUAAAUUUGACAGCCGCUCCGAAAGUUGUCCUUAUUCGGCCGGAUAUAGGAGUUUUACCUUCGAGUUGGAAUCUCAUAACGCAAUUGGGGAAACUGUAGCCGAGUAUCAUUUUAGUCACUAUGAUUUAGUGCGACCGGCAGCACCAAGCUCGCUUGAAGUCGCAAAUAUUACUACUUCGAGUUUGGAUUUUGCAUGGAGUUUAAGCAAAAGGCUUAUAAAUUUGGAUCGCCAAUUAGAAUUGCAGUUUUUAUUGGUUUCCGAGUAUGGUGUUGAAAAAAAUGCCUACAGUAUUAUAUCGUUCAACGCGAAUGAUACGCGGCUGUACCGUUCAUUUGCAGACUUAACACCGUACACCCAGUAUGUGCUCUCGAUACAAGCCCGAGUAGUUCCUUUGAAACCAAGAGCUUCGGAAAAUGAUUACUGGUCCGAUUGGAGCCAUAUAACGUUCAAAACCAAAGCAUGUCGACCUUACCAAGCUCCCACAACUCUUCCUGGAGCAUACAGUCUGCUAGAAAUAACGGGGAGUUAUGUUACCGUCGAUGUUUUUUGGUUGAAAAUUCCUCAACACUUACAAAAUGGACCUAUGUUUAGGUACAAUGUGUCAGCAAUAGCUAAAUCCGGCCAAAGAUACUUCCCAUCUACGAUGGGCAACGAAACCGCUACUUUCCAAAAGCUGAAAAUUGAUUAUUAUCGAGUUGAGAUAUCCUGUCAAAAUGAAGAAGGUCCAACAGACGGCAAUAGUCUGAUAGAAAUAUUUCCUCCAGCAGAAAACCUCAAACCAAAACUCAAGAGAACACUCGUCCAGGACGGUUAUCAACUCUCAUGGUAUCCCGUACCGGAAGAGUACAAUGUGCUCAACUAUACGAUCGUUUAUUGUAAUUUUACCGCCACCGGAACAUGUCGAGAUGGGUUACAAUUCGCAACCGUAUCCGCCUUGGAGACGGUUUUUAGUGUUCCAGCAAAACGGGUGCUAAAUUUUGCAGUAGCAGCCGUCUACAGAAAUUACACUUCGGACCUGUCGUGGCAGAAGUGUGUCGUAUCCGGUGACACAGGCAUCGGUCAGCCCAAGUUCAGUAUCACCGAUACGACGAUAGAUUCCUUCGUUAUUCGUAUCAAUGACUCCUGUACGGAACGAUCACUUGUUCAGCGGUACGAGAUUAGCGUAUGGACAAAUGUGACAGCCUCUCUAGUGCGGAACGUUUCCUUCGAUCCAUAUCUGUCGGUUAUUGCAGUGGAUGGGUUGAGUUCCGGUACCCCUUACAAAGUAAUGGUAACAGCAUUUCAUGCCUCCGAAGCUCCUCAACAUAAGGUGGACGUUAUAAGAACUGCAAGAAACACCGCACUCCUGCAAUCAAUAUUAUACUCGUUAGGUGCAUUAAUAAUAUUCAUAGCCAUGUUUACACGUGCAACUCGUAAACUGAAAAAGAUGAUGAAUAUCAAGGUUGAUAUUCCGCUUGGAUUGAUUGGAAUUGACGAAUCCAAGGAUACUGACAACCACCCGGACCAUCAGGAGAAGUUCAAUUCGAAUGAAAUUGUAAUUUCCGCAGAAGAUUCAAUUAAAAUUUCUGGAAGAAACGACGAAGCACAAUCGACACCUCUGCCAAUCCCACGUAACUUGAAUGAAAGCUCGAACUCACCCAAUUUGUCACCACUAUCAACAACAGCUUCCAAUAACCUGAAUUGGCUUCGGAAAAAUGUUCACACGGCAACGGACAAUCUGUACAUAUUGCCGCAGGAGAUGGCAAUGGCGCCGAUGGCGAUGGAAAAACCGAAAGAAAAUCAUUUCAGUGCCAUCUCGACAACCUCGUCCGGAUACGUGGACCUGAAUCAUAUAGUUAACGAUCGAAACAGUCGAACUGUGAUGUGAUAAACUGUGACAUAAGAAUACCAACUCUUAAAUUGUUUGAAAAACUGUAGCAUAGAAAAGGGUUUAUAUUUAAUGAAAUAUUCUAUAAGGUACAUAACAGAACAGUGAUACGUGAUUAAAUAUUUUCACGCUCGGAAAGCACAUCACGGGUAGGAAUUUUCAUUGUUACGCGGAUAAAGCUCAAUCAUUAGAAUAAAAUGCUGGAUACGCCAGUAACAAUAUUUAAUUUAUAGGAAUUAUGAUGUUAAUUGAAAGCUCUUCUAUUAUUGUUAAAUUCGUUUUUAUUUCUUUAAAAAAAAAUAAAAAAUAAGGUACAAUUUUAAAUAAUUUUCAAAAACUGUACCAUAAUUAUCGAAUAAAUAGUUU